ACGUGACGUGAACAAUAGCCCCAGGACACAGUAAAAGUUAAAUCAUUUAUCGUGGGAUAAGUAUUUGAAUAUAUUAAAGAAACCGGUUGUCAUCAGCUAACGCAGUCAAACACUAUAUUUAUUACAUACAAGUUGGAAGAGGACGUCUGCUAAAGUUAACAAAAUGUCUCACAGCGUAGAAGAUAUGACUGCACUCUAUGAUGAAUACGACAAAAAUGGAGAUGGAAAAGUUUCUGUUCAUGAAUUGAAAGCUGGAAUAAAAGCCAAAUUUUGCGCAGAUGUUGACGACAAAAAAGUUGUGGCUAUAUUUCAAGGUUUAGACAUGGAUGGUGACAACUGUAUAACAAAAAAUGAAUUCCUUGAUCAGAUGUGUAGUAAAAUUUCCCGGAGAGUUGGAUUCAGCAAGCAGUUCCAACAGUUAGACACAGAUAACAGUGGAUACCUCACAGUUGAGGAGGUUAAACCAUUGUUACAAAACGAUUACGACGAUGGAAAAAUUGCACAAAUGUUCAAGGAUGUUGAUGCUGAUAGCAAUGGCAAAGUCUCAUGUGAAGAAUUCCUUAAACUUAUGUAAAAUUUUCAUUGAACAAUAUGACCUUUUUUUACACAUAUAUUUAUUUCAUCUUGCCAUGUUAGAUGUCUUUUUUACUUUUCGAAAUGUUUUUCUUCAUUUUCUUAGUAUUAUCUAAAGAUUAUCCUCUGUAGACAUCACUUGAUAAUUAAUUUAGACUUUUUUGAUAGACUUUUGUAAACUUUUAUAAUAUGUCUUACUUUAGGUGGCAUGCUGUAAUGAGACCAACUUGCGAUGAAUUUACCUGUUAAUUUAGAGAAGGAAAAGACACGUUUGGUUAUUGUUUUGGAAACAUUGAUAUCAAAUACAAACAAAUAUUAAGAUUGUGAUAAAUACUCAAAAAUACUUUCUAUACAUCAAUGCAAUAUGAGCUUUUAUAGUAUUCACAAUUUACAUUAUAUUAUAUUAUAUAUUACAUUUUAUUAAACUAACAAAAUAUAAAACA